UUAGCUGCUAGUAUUAGCAAACACUAGCUAGUCUGAGAACAGUCUGUUAACAUUCUUGUUUGCAAACCUCCAAGGUUGGUAGCAAAUCUAUGCAUGAUUCCAUGGUAAACCAGAGUCAUUGCAUUAGUUAUGUUUUCCAGAUUCUAGUCAUUUAUUGUACAUGUGCUACCUUAUAUUUACCAGUUUUCACCUCAGCAACCUCGGUUUUGUAUAUUCUAAGCUACUCGUAAACCCCCAUUUGGCUGCUACCAGAGUGAUCGAGAAACACAGAGUGGCGACACUCCCAUUGGAUUUUUUUUUCAGCUCAUGGCAUGAGGGAAGGUUGCUGUCCAGACUCGUGGCCUCUCUUUCCAACUGUGCCACUGCAUUGGAGGAUUCCAUGAGGGAAUCACUCGUCUGCAAACAGAACAGCUGCUCCACGUCCUGCAGGAAAGUGAACACCUGAUCGAAUGGCUGGUGGUAGAGGACACAGGACUUGGUCUUUGUCAAGUCAGGUGGUGAUGGGUGUACUAGCUGCUCCACUCUCACAACCUCAGAAGCACUGCAGCUGCUGUUCUGGGUGUCCAGGAAGUCCGCCAAGUGGUCUCAUGCAUCAUACAGAUACAACUGAUCGUCAUUUGUUCACAAUAUAGGAAGUGACAUCACAUGUUGACAGCGUGGCUCAGGCACGCCUCCCUAGAAAUAAGGAGAGGGGAGAGGGCAUGAGAUAAACCGUGGUAGAUUCAGAGGCAGUUGUUGGAUUGGCAUGGCUGUGUGCAGCUCAGCACUGCCAUCUACAUCCAUGAGGCUCCAACCUGGACAUUUGGAUUCUCUCUGCACAGCAACACAGCCUUGAUACGGUGCUGGACAGCGUAACAGUCAGCUGUGCUGUGUUUUCACAGCAUGUUGCAGGGCAUUGGGAGAUAGAGGUAAUAACGGGGGACAACCUUACCACACACUUGAGCGAUGUUCUGUGAGCCUCUCUCUCUCUGUCUCGUUUCAGACCGUCAGGCUUUUCUACACAGAGACCUGGGACUAAUGGAGGGAUGCCAUGAUGUUGCUCUUUGCUUGUCAUGCUUGAAUCACAGCUUCAUAUAUCCUUUUGUGUCAGAGACCGUAUUGUCUUCGUCUGUCACUGCCGCCAGAUCAACCGUGGGGUAGCGUGGCGGACAGAGCCCCCUCCUCAACCCCCCUCUCCCUUGUCUGUGCCCCCGGCUUCUCAUCACUCCCGGCUCGCUCGUGUCUAUUUACCUCUCUUAAGCUGCCCUCCCCUCUCUGUUAAGCUCCGUCUUUCUUGCUCUCCCGCUCCCUACUGCUUACUAUCUUCCUCUCUUUACUCCUUCAAAGCAGACAGUGUGCUAUUCUAUCCAAGCAGCUUGCUACAUGAUCUCGUGGAAAACCGUUUUCACCACUGCUCUGCCGCCUCACAAUUCCUUCGCCCUUUCAGAUUUCCAUCUCUACAACGGCAGGAUGUUCCUUCACGAGGAUUGAUCCCCAUUCACCCCCUUUCACUUUCCCCUUCCCCUCCCUUGUCCUGAUCUCCUGCCCUCUGACCCUCACCCUCUUGUUCUCUGCCCCCACCCUUCCUCUUCUAUUCGCAAUUACCCCGAGCCUCUUUCCCCCGUAAUUUAUUUCACCCCUUGACCAUGUUGCCAUGCGUCUGCUGGCUCCAACGUAUCCUCAUCUUGCUGUCCUCUGUCUUAUGGACCCGGGGGGAAAACUGCCCAGCAACCUGCAUGUGCCCAGAUCCUCACACUGUGGACUGCAGUGGCCGUGGGCUAACCCGUCUACCCAAUGAGAUCCCCUUGGAUGUGCGCAGGCUGUUGCUGGCUGACAACUUGAUACCCCGCAUCCCCUCGGACUUCCUGGUUCUAUACAGUGACUUGGUGUACCUGGACCUCCGGAACAACUCCCUCUCCCACAUUGAACCGGGGACUCUCAGCACCUCUUCCAGGCUGGUCUUCUUGGACCUAGGCAGCAACAAUCUGACUGAAAUCCCUAAGGGGACUUUUGGGGAGUCUCGGAGCCUGAUCAAGCUACGACUGGGCAACAACCCAUAUCUGAGCUUGGUGAAUGAGGAUGCCUUCCUUGGCCUCACGUCUCUGAGAGAACUGGAACUGGAGCGUAAUGCACUGUCUACUCUACAUGUGGGGGCACUGAGUCAGUUGCCCUCCCUGCGGGCGGUGAGGCUAGAGGGCAACCCCUGGGUGUGCAACUGCAACUUUGCCAGCCUGUUUGCAUGGCUGAUGGAGAACAGCCACAAGCUUCCAAACGGGGUGGAAGGCAUGGAGUGCUCCAUCCCCAUGGACGGCAGACGUGUGUCCCUGACCCAGCUCUCCAAGGACAGUUUCCGUGAGUGCCAGGCCACCCUGACUCUAACAGACCUGCUCAUCAUCAUUUUCUCCGGCAUCUCAGUGUCUGUGGUGGCCAUUAUGACAAGCUUCUUCCUGGCUUCAACUGUUCAUUGCUUCCAGCGCUGGAGUAAAGGCACCAAGGGGGAUGAGGAGGAGAGUGAGGAGUGAGAAGGGUUUCAUUUUAAGGACCCUGUGUGGUCCUGGUACUUCAAACAAUGAGAGGACACCACAGACAGUGUGUGCUACAUGUGACAAAAUUUCAUGCUGCCUCCUCCCUGGAGAAAAUCCAACUGUUUAAACGGUAGGAUCUUGCCCUGGUACAGUUGUAGUUGUUUUCUUUGCACAUGAAAUAUGGUAACAAAGGACAUUCCCAAGGAAUGAGUCCCAAUAAAAAUUAGUGUGUGCCCUGCUCCACUUGCAAAAUUAUAUUAUAGAGAUCGUAUUUUUGCCUGUGAGAGCCUGUGGUCAUCUUUUAUGGCUGCUGGCUCUUGGCUCAAUGUUGUAGUAGGCCUACAUAAAUAAAGUGAGACUAACACCAUAAAGGUGUUAGCCUCAUUUUAUUUAUGUAUGUAAAAAGAGAGUAAAAGAUUUAAAAGAAAAAAGUGUUGCUGCAGCGCUGUCACAUUAGUAGUAGACAAGGCGAUAACUUCGCAACAUGUAAUCACAUCAGCCUGAAAUCCUGUAAAGUUAGGGCAAACUUUUAGAUGAUUUUCAUGGAGUUUAUCUGUGUAGAGCAGAAUCUGGGAUCCCAUAAAGAAAGGAUGUCAUACCGACCAAUGACCUCAGUAAUUAACUGCCUAUACCAUGAUAUGCUGGCAUAUCCUGCCAUUUACAAUGUCUUUUUUUUUUUGGACAGCCUCACUCACAUUCAAAAGUGGCUCACAACUACUGUUGGCGAAUACUGUUGUUCCUUCUGCAUGUAAAAUUAGACAGUGGCAAAGGGUGUCAGUCAAACAGGAAGGAUUUGGACAAUGGCGAGGUGUUUCUGUAGGUAGCUGAUGUGUUGUAGGCAGGAACAAUUUCCAGUAGGUCUACACAUUCUUCUAGCAGUAUAUUCAUUAUAUAAUCACAAAUUGAUGUACAGUAGAAAACAAUGUACAGUCAACCAAAUAUAAAUCAAGAGGAUGUACUGUAUGCUCCUUAGAAUUGAUAACUGUGACCUGUGUAGAAAGAUAAAAUAACAGUAUACUCUUGAAAAUUAUGACAAAUACGGUAUUAAAAUAGAAUCUACGUAGAACUAUUGUGUCAAAUAACGCACUUUAUAUGGUGAAGCUAAUUUUGGCAAGCCCCUAAUUAUACUAUGUAGACUGGUUUUGUCUUCAUCUGCCAAAGAUUAGGUGAAGGAGAGAUUGCAUAUGGACUUUGUUGUGGAUGAUGUGUUACUUAGUGAGGUAGGGAUAGCUCCUUAAAAGCAGGCAGCACUAUAGCCAAAUCACUCUUUGUAUACUAUACUUAAACAGUUACGGUCUCCAAAGAUUAUCAUUUUCCUCUAGAACCAGCUGUCUUACAUUGCUUCAUACAUAGCAGUCUUCAACCUCUGUUAUCACAGUCACUUCAGAACAAAAAGGUAUUCACUGUCCAAGAGGUUUGUCUCUUUAGGAAUAAAUAGAUGUUUUUUUUUGUGUUUAAGAUAACCAGAAUUUAUACAUCAUGGACUCUCAGUCAGCUUAUUUUUCUUUUACGAGACAUUUUCCGAUGUAUUAUAGUAAAGCUGCUGAUUUAAUAUCCUGGAAAAGUCUCACAUCAAAACGUAUUGUAUCAACAGCAUCUGCAUUCACAAGAGCGACAGUACAGUCAAAUCCAAAUUUAAUAAAGUAGCACCCUGAA